AUGGCCGCGGGUAAGCUCCGUCGUUCGCCGAUGAUGGCAGGUGCCCAAGAGCUUGAAAAGCUCUUAUACUAUGGGCUUCAGUCAAGCAUGGAAUACCCCCUCUACAUGGGAUGGGGGCCUAAGAGCCAUAGAUCACUAGCGCUAGAGAGAGCCGGUGCCUUCGUUCGGGUAGGUGGGUGGAAAAGCUUACUACUAAUAGAUGCAAGCUAUCCUAGUGCGAUGGGUGAAUAUGGGACUUUGUUUGAGAAUGAGCUUACUCUUUUUGGAACACCCCCUUCACAGACAUUUGUCUGGGUUAACCUUGCAUUGGCCAAAGACCAGAUAGGUUUGGUAGGUGUAAGGUAA